UCGCAGCUCCUCUUUUAUUCCCUCAUCCUCUCUUUGCCCUGACAGAUUCGUGCUGAUAUCAGAUUGAUGGGUGGGUUUGAUUGAAGUCUCUUUGUCGUGCUCAUGUCACUGCUAGUGAUGGAUGAGGCGCGUGCGCAAAUACACACGCGCGCACGUUAAGUCCUCCCCGUCCCUCAAGUCUCUGUUUGACUCUCACACGUACGCGCGCGUACAGUGGAUCCCUCGCCUCAUCCACCGGCCAACAAACUUGUGGGCCUUUUGGUCACCCUAGGCGACGUGACGACAAGUCACGUGACCCGGGCAGAGGUAAGAAAAGAAGUGACACGAAAAACAGAGGGGGGAGACGCAAAAGAGGAAAGCCGAGUAUGAGAAGAAAGUCAAUUAAGCUUACAGGAUGAAACAAGACGGACUAUAAACCUGUGUGACCACGAAGAGGUGACUUGGCGCUUUUACGCCCCGUAGCAUUGUUUUUUUAUUUUUUUUUAAAUCAUCACCGAACCUCAAAAUUCCGCUCGCAGAAUUGAUUUGGUCACAUCGUCGAGGCCUUCCUUUUGCAUAACCAUCUUGGUACACGUUCGCACGCCCGCGCGCGCACACACGCUCACACAAGCUGAGACCAUUACUUAUGUCUGAUUCAAUUUGGGGGGAGCAGUCUCCGCUUUUCUUUCCCGAUUAUUUUACAGCAUAGUUUUUCUAUGCAACUCACUUUCCUUGCAAGCAAGUCGUUUUUGAACAAUAUCUUUUUCCGUAUUGUUUUAUUUUCCCCAAAUAUUUGUCCCUAGAGUCUGCAUGGACACAUCGAAUAUGAACUCAUUUUUGCAAUAUUCAGUUAGUAAUCGAUCCUAUUGCAGACCUAAAUCUGGAUACCAUCAGCAUUUGCAUCACCAUCCCGCGGAUCAGCAUCACGGUUUCCAGCUGACCAACGACAACAUCCACUCGGGUCACUCCGCUCCCCAAGCUCCCAUCACCGUGUCGAGAGGUUCCAGACUAAAUUACAAUGUGGAUGAACGCUUGCACGUGAGCGCUGACGGUGGAGGACCGAAUGAGACGACAGGGCCGGCCCAGCAUCACGAGCAACCACCUCAUCACGAGCAUCAGCAGAGGCAGAAUGGCUACUAUCAUCCGCUUUACGACACCCAAAGUGGAUUAUUGUCUUCCUAUCAUAACGGAACUACUGUCAAUAACGGAGCCUAUUUGGAGCAGGCCUGCACCACAAACGCUGACUACGUGACAACGACGGGGCCUGCUAACAGCAUCCAUCCUCAAUAUUUCAUGGACGAGCCAGCAACAUCGACAUACUAUCAUCAAUCAACAUUUUCUACUUCGGCCCCCACCGUUGGUCCAAACUAUGGAACCCUGACUGCAGCCUAUUGUGGGCCCCAGGGCUCCCUACUCGGUUCCCAAUACCCGCCUCAGGUCGACGCAGCGGGUUACUUGGGACAUCCAAACGGGGGAGGAUAUGGAGAGGUACCUGUCUCACUUGAGCGAGAGAGGGAGGACGAGGAGAAUCAGCAAGUCGGACGGGGGCAAACAUUCGACUGGAUGAAGGUGAAGAGGAAUCCACCUAAAACAGUUAAAGUGUCUGACUUCGGCUUGGCUGGUGCAAACAACAACACCAUGCGCACCAACUUCACCACGCGGCAGCUCACAGAAUUGGAGAAAGAAUUCCACUUCAGCAAGUAUCUGACGAGGGCACGGCGAGUGGAAAUCGCUGCCACACUCGAGCUUAAUGAGACCCAGGUGAAAAUUUGGUUCCAGAACAGGCGCAUGAAGCAGAAAAAGCGCGAGAAGGAAGGCACGUCCACGCCGGUGCGCCCGUCCUCUUCGGGUUCGAUCAACACUGGGAUGGGAUUCAACAAGGUACUGGAGGAAACGGACCGCUCCUCCGCAUCCACGUCACCAGAUGCGUCUCCUGACUCGGAGUAGAGUCGGAGUUGUUUGUUCAAUGGGCCCGGAUAAAAGUUCAAUAAAGCCACAUGGACAUGACUUUCAUUCGCGUGUGAUCAAUUCGCUUCGACAUUUGUAUCCAAAUUAUACAGUAUGCAACCAAACUCCACAUUAUGUAACAGCUGAUUUUAAUUUAAAUGGGCGGUAAACAUCACUGC